AGACCCACUACUGACGGUGUCAAGCCAGAGUCGUUCAAAGAAUAAGAUCCGCUACAAAAAGCUUUAUAAUUUCUGGUAGGAUUGAUUGAUUUCUUUAUUUCGUUUUUUUAUGUCUUUAUCUUUCCUACUAUAUUUCUAUUUAUUUAUUUAUUUUUACGAGUCGCGGGUUUUAUUUCCCGAAGAUGCUGAAGAUAAAGAAACACGCCAGCAGCCCACUGUUACAUGAUUGCGGAAAACACAAGGGAAUAAAGGCAUCUAGUCAUGAAACAGAAACUACACAUGGGAAAUGAUGCUGAAGAUGACGGUGAGAUAAAAAAGAGUGGAUUAAAAGGCAUGGCUGAGCUCAAGAUCCUUUACCCCAAUCCUGUAAGUGGUCAGCUCAUUAACAGGGACCUCGAGUGGAGCGUGCAACACGAGGAAAGUUAUUAUCCAGCACGAACGGAUGAAACGGCAUUUUUAAUCGCGGACUCGCGCGCGCGCGGACAGACGGGCUUUUCAGCACCACGGACAGAGCCUCCGCUCCUUCACCACUGGGGGACUGAUGAAGAAGUUCACGUGUGUCAUACUGACGAGGACUUUGAAACGGGAUUUUCCGAGGUAACCGACGUCGAAAUUCGCAUCCAGAACCCAGAGACCAACUCCAGCUCGUUCUGUGAUCCGGAUCUCUCUGAUGAUGAUGAUGUCACGGCUGAGCAGGACGAGAAGUCGGCUGACUACGGCUUCAUUAGUGCAGUGACUUUUUUGGUGACUGGGAUCUUUCUGGUGGUUGUUUCCUACACAGUCCCCCGUGACGUAAGAAUCAGUCCAGACAGCGUCUCGGCAAGGGAAAUGGAGCGUCUGGCACUCGAGAACGCUCGAGUGGGCGCACACCUGGACAGAUGUGUAAUCGCUGGCCUUUGUCUUCUAACUUUGGGCGGUGUCGUGCUCUCAACCUUACUCAUGAUCUCCCUGUAUAAAAGCGAGAUGGUCAGACGACAAGCUUUCGCGAGCUCCAAACGCUCAGCGAAACUCUAUGGCUCUAUAAAUUUUAGAGGUGCUGGUAAUCCAAACAAUGGCCCGCCACAUCUGUCUCUGGAUGAAGAUGAUGCAAUCAUUGAAAUUUCUAGCUAGUUUUAUUGUUUGGGUUUUUUUUGUGAUUAUGUAUGGUACCUGACAAUCUAUAACCCCUUAUGAUUUUAUAUUAUUAUUCAUUUAUUCAAGUCAAAUUCUAAUAGUCAGAACAUAAAACACUAUAUUCAGCUGGUAUUGGAAAUUUACUAGCAACUGUGGGUACCAGGAUACCAAAUCUUUUAAUAUUAUGUAUGAAUGAAAUGUUAAGAUUCAGUACAAAUAAGAAACCUAGAACCGAGAACUUGAAUUGAACUCUAAUUUAAAUGCACAACCUGAAUUAUGUAAAUGGAUUUACAGCCAUGUCACCAUGUUGGACCAGGAAUUUAACCAGGACUUAACAAAGACUUACUCAAUCAAAAAAAAACGAAAAAAAAAAACAUUGUAGCACAUACUUUUUAUGAUAGUCAUUAUGGUCAUUAUAUCUUUUUCUAAAUUUCUUUUUCUCAACCCAGAACUAUCGAACCAAACCAGAGAAUUGGAGAACUAAAGAGCAGCACAAAACUGUUUUUGUUUUUCUUUUCCGAUUCAGCUUUGCAUGAAACAGAUCAUCAUGUUCUAUACGUGUCAUUGUAAAUAUUCUGUGUAAACAUGUUUUAAUGUAGUAACAGAUGGAUUUUAUAGCUGAAUCAGUAGAAUACAUCAUGUCACUGAGUCUGUUUUGUGCACCUACACAUACUCUGGUUUAUAUUUAAUCUUGUGACAGUGAUGGUCAAGAUUUUUGGUUUGGUCAUUUUAUUCGACAGCCUGACGCCGCUUAAAUGCCGCAUCUCCAAGUCAAAUGAACCUCUGCAUUUGCAUGUACAUAAUCAGUGUGUACACAUUUAUAUACUCAGCUUGAGUGGUCUUGAGUAGUUUACAUUAAUAAACAGAGGGUG